AUUGACAACACAACCAAACCUCUCAAACUACUUCUAACCUCACUUUUGCCGGUCAAGCGUUGUUAGAGCGUUUUUAGUUUAUUUCCGAUUUUUGCAUACAAAAACAAUAACCAUGUCGACAGCAAUGCCCAUAAACCCCAAACCUUUUCUUAACGGUCUUACUGGCAAGGCUGUGAUGGUAAAAUUGAAGUGGGGACAUGAGUAUAAAGGUUACCUUGUCUCAGUUGAUGGUUACAUGAAUUUACAAUUAGCAAAUACCGAGGAAUUUAUUGAUGGUAAUAUGACUGGUAACUUAGGUGAAGUUUUAAUUAGAUGUAACAAUGUCUUAUUCAUAAGAGGGGCUGAAGAAGAAGAUGAGGAAGGAGAAACGAAGGAUUAGUUUAUGUAAAUUUAAGUUUUUUAUGUACGAAAUUGAAUACUUAUGGUUAUGGACAUAAGUAUUUUAGAUGUAAUUUUUUACCCAAUAAAUCCUGUAAAGUAUU